GCCGUGCGUGCAGCUUGUCGCUGGUCCUCCGUGGCUCUUCUGAAUGAAUGACAUCACGCGCGCCGCUCUGAGCCUGUACCUGCGACAUGACACCUGCCCACGGUAACGGUGUGGAGUGAUGCAGCAGAAGUUGUGUUCCAGGGGUUCUGGUUCUUUCCUCUUGGAAAGGAAUGGCCAGGCCUGUGGCGCCAUCAGCGACCCCGUCACCUCCUGCGACCUCCCCUUCCGCUGCCCCCGCUGCGGUGAACAGGAGCGUUUCCGCAACUUGGGGGCGCUGCGCACUCACCUGGAGUACCGCCACUCCUAUACCUCCCCCGAUGUAAUCACAGGCAGCUUCAGCAUCACUGGAAAAUUCCCCGACCCGUUAACGGCGGCCAUCCCCUGGUAUGACAUGAGCCUCCCCACCCGCAGGGGGCAGCAGAGCACAGGACGCCCCCCCCAUACCCGCUCCCUCAGCGACAGCAGAGACAGCGCAUACCCCCUGUCCUACAGCUCGGUGAGGAGGCGAACUCAGAGCGUUGGGGUUGGAACGCAGGCGGAGGAGGAGGAGGAGGAUGAAGAAGAUGAAGGGUCUGAAGAGGAAGAGGAUGAAGAGCAGGAGGUGGAGGAGGGGGAAGAAAGAGAGGGCGAUCGAAAUGAAGAGGACAUUAAAAUGUCCACCAAAAAACCAGGAUGCCAUCAUGUCAAUCACCAUCACCUAAUGUCCUCCCCCCCAGCUCCACUUGGCCCCCCACCUGACCCAGACCCGGACUUAGAUCUGGUUGAGCAGAGCUCCUACUGUGGCUUGGAGACAGCGGCGGCGUCGGCUGCCGUGCGGCGGCGUCUGGCCAGCAUCCUGCGUGCGGCUGACAGCACCAUGCAGCGGCGCCUGGCCAAGGUGAGCACGGAACUGGCCCAGACCGACACCGAGCUCCUGUGUGAGCGCGCUCACUCGCAGCACCUGGCCCAGGAGAGGCAGGAAGUGGCGGACAGGGAGCGGUCGCUGAGCCGGCAGGUGGACGUGGCCGUCAUGGUCAUCGCCGCUCUGAGGGAACAGCUCAACGCCUCUGAGAACGAGCUGGAACGAAGAGAGAGGGAGGUGAUAACCAUCCAGAAGUUUCUGGAAGCUGCUGCUCGACAGGAGACGUGUGGAAAGGUUCGAAUCCAACACUUCAUUGAGAACCUUCUGAGACGGAUCGCCCUGGCAGAGAGACUGGUGGAGUAUUACCAGGGCAACGGCAGCCCGCCACAGUGCAACCGCUAUGAGCAGCACCAGCAGCCGACUGAUAACGGACCUCGGAGAAUCACUAAAAGCCGGUCAGCAGGAGGUCAGCUGUCCUCAUCUGGUCUCCAUGACAACAGAAGCCACUCCUCACAGUUUGGCGGCCGCUCAGCGUUCCCCAAAGUGGGCGGGGACAGAGAACGGGAGUGGGAGCAGCGGGAGCGUCUGGCUCAGUCGUCCAGGCUGUUCUGUCGACCCGAACACAGAGACGACAUCUGGAACCAGCAGCGGCGGCGGCGUUCUGCCGGGUACGAGGCGUAGAACCCAGGCGUAGAACUGAGGCGUCGAACUGGACAGAACCAGCCAGGAAGGGGGUGUUGUCGGUAAAAAACACCACUCAUUUUAUUCCAGUGUGAUAGUCUGUGGAAAAGUACUUGCAGCGUCACAUCAACAAGCGCAUUUGUCCCUUUUUUAGAAAAAAAUAAAUGAAUCAGUUUAACUGAAUGGGUGGAAAUGUUCAAAGAGCUUUUACUGACACUAAAAUAAAAACACAAAGAUGGGCCUGCACCAACAAAGGUUAAGUCAGUGUGUAAAAAUUAGGUCAAAAAUAAGGAAGAUGCUGCUCUCAAACUUUAAACUUUGGUUGUAUUUUUAAUUUAAUCUUGUUUCUGUUUUUUUUUUCAGACAGAUUGUGCAAAAACAUCCAAGGUUCUCAAACCAAGUGAAGGGGCUGACAGUAAACCAGUGUGGCGCUGAAAAAGAACCAUUAAACC